AGAAUCUCCAGGCGGGGAGAGAGAGAGUGAGAGACGGGAGGAGGAGGCAGAGCCAGCGGGACAACCACAAGGGCAGCUCAGCGCCUUCAGUAGCGAACAUUUAACUCAAGGAAACACGUUUGUUCUUCAUAUUUGUUCGGGAGUCGAAGACGGGAAGGCAGUGAAACAAGGAAAAGCUUAUUUUCUGAAGUUCAAGCCGAAAUUUGACUCGUAAAGUGCCACACGGAGAGGAAGAGGAGAAGCCUGCGACCGUUUUGUGUUUUGGAUUUGACUUGACAAGGAGCUGUUGGAGAAAAAACAAUAAACAAACAGAGCAAAACUCACAGAAAGCUCACGAAUUGAACUUUGGCGCUUUGGCAAGUUAGUUGAUAAAUGUUGUGACAUUUAAGGACGGCGUAAAAAUUGCUCCAGCGGUCGACGGUCUUGUGGCGGGGUGAAAAAAAAAAACCCGAGCUGUCAAACCCGAUGACUACUGCAAACUGCCCCGGGAAUGAGGACCUGGACUUCAGACUGAUAUUCGGAGAGGACGUGCAGCAGCCGCCGCUAGACACUGCAGAUCUGGAGCCAGACGACAACACAUCCUUCUAUAUCCUAAACGUGGGCCAGCCUCCAUCUAUGGUCACUAGCCACCAGGCUAUUGGUCUGUCUCGCCAUGGCAUGCACUCCCAAUCCCAUGUCAUCAACACUUUGUCACGCCUUCCAUCACACAAACCAGGAUCUGAGCCUUUAAGCUAUGAGGUUCAAGACUCCAAAUAUGGCCCCUCUGCUCCUGUGGAGGCACCAAAGCCUUUUGAGUGCCCUAGUAUCCAGAUCACCUCUAUUUCCCCUAGUUGCCAGCAGGAGAUGGAUGCCAGUGAAGGAGAGCUGAGGCCCAAUGGUCCUGAUGGGGAUUACCAUGGUGACAGGAUAUUGUCCAGAGACCACCUGUACUUACCACUGGACCAUUCAUACCGGGACUCCUCACUUAGCCCAAGCCCUGGCAGCAGUGUGUCUUCUAGAAGCUGGUAUUCUGAUGCCUCCUCCUGUGAAUCAUUUUCACAUGUUUAUGACGAUGUAGACUCAGAGCUGAACGAAGCAGCUGCCAGGUUUUCUUUAGGUUCCCCUUUGACUUCUCCAGGCUGCACCUCUCCUCAAACUGGUGGUGGAGUUCUGGAGGAUCAGCCCCCCUGGCCACAACACCACCCUUCUUUUAUGCACCACAGUCACUCCACCCUUUCUCCUCGACAGUCACCAUGCCAUUCGCCACGCACCAGCGUCACGGAUGAAAAUUGGCUCAGCCCACGGCCAUCUUCCCGUCCCUCUUCCCGUCCCACCUCACCCUGUGGGAAAAGGCGCCACUCUAGCGCUGACAUUUGCUAUCCGGGUUCUCUGUCUCCUCAUCAUUCACCCACACCCACACCAGGACAUUCCCCUAGAGGAAGUGUGACAGAAGACACUUGGGCUGGGAGUCCCUCUGUUGGCAUGUCACCUUUUCAAUGCUGCCCAUCUGAGAUUGACAUCCCACUGAAGACAAGGAAGACCUCACAAGAUAGAACAACUAUGCAAACUGGGAAAGGGGAGUUGGGGCAAGAUGACCAAGACAAUACAUCCUGUAGUUUGGACUCUCCUUCAGACGAGGCCCUACACAGCCAGAAGAAAGAUGGGGUUGCAGAACAGUUCCUCUCAGUACCCUCCCAUUUCUCAUGGAAUAAACCCAAGCCUGGCCAUACACCUAUAUUCAGGACUUCCUCACUGCCUCCUUUAGAUUGGCCACUGCCAAGCCAGUUUGGCCAGUAUGAACUGAAGAUAGAAGUGCAACCCAAAGCCCACCACCGUGCACACUAUGAGACAGAAGGCAGCCGAGGUGCCAUCAAAGCAGCUUCUGGUGGCCAUCCAAUUGUCAAGCUUAUUGGCUACAGCGAAAAGCCUGUCAACCUCCAGAUGUUCAUUGGAACAGCAGACGACCGUUACUUGAGGCCACACGCCUUCUACCAGGUGCACCGGAUCACCGGUAAAACCGUAGCGACGGCCAGCCAAGAAAUCAUGGUCUCAAGCACCAAAGUCCUGGAAAUUCCUCUCCUUCCUGAAAACAACAUGUCAGCCAGUAUUGACUGUGCUGGAAUACUUAAGCUGCGGAACUCCGACAUUGAGCUGCGGAAGGGGGAGACGGAUAUCGGAAGAAAGAACACUCGGGUCCGUGUGGUAUUCCGAGUGCACAUCCCACAACCCAACGGGAAGGUGCUGUCGUUGCAGGCUGCCUCCAUUCCUGUGGAGUGUUCCCAGCGUUCAGCUCAAGAGUUGCCUCAGGUUGAGAAAUCCAGUCUAACCAGCUGUCUGGUCAGUGGGGGGGAGGAGAUGGCCAUCACUGGUUCCAACUUCUUUCCGGAGUCCAAGGUCAUCUUUGUGGAGAAAGGCCCUGAUGGACGACCACAAUGGGAAGUAGAGGCAAAAAUACUCCGGGAGAAAACUCUAGGUUCGUGCAUCAUCGUGGAGGUCCCUCCUUACCACAGUAAGGCCGUGAGUUCAACCGUACAGGUGCAGUUUUAUGUCUGCAACGGCAAACGCAAAAGGAGCCAAUCACAACGCUUCACCUACCUUUCAGUCUUGGUAAAGCAGGAGCAGAGAGAUGAUCUGGACCUCACUGCUGCCCCCCCCAUGCCCAUGGCACAUGCUGCCAGUCUGGUGCACCCUCAGCUGCCUUCUCCUGAGCAGGGCCACCUAUCGGACAACCUUCUGUCCAGCUCCCUUCAUAGCCUGGCGACAGGCCCCAGACCCGGCCCACUACCUCGGCCCGGCCCCUGCCCCUCACUGAGCUCCGCUUCUUUCCAGCAACUGCCUCCCCCUCCGGGUCACGGUUUGCACCCCCUCCCUGCAGACUGCCACAUGACGUUCCAGCAGGGCCUUGCUCCUGGUCCCCUCCAGCCCUCUUACCAGUCUUUGCACCAAACUCAGAGCCAUAGUUUGCCCUUUAAUGGCCAGCCCAGCCUCCCCCUCCAGAGCUAUGAGAGAAUGCCCUUUCAGCAGAGCCCCACUGCAGCAUCACACCCGAUUGGUUUGGGGAUGAAUUACCAGCCCUCCCCUUGCUCCUCACCAUCAGCUCCCUCCUCCUCAUCCAACAACCCCAUCGUUGGAUCUCCCCAGAACCAGCACCUCCAUGCAUUGGCACGCUUUCACUGCUCCCCAAACCCCAACCAGAUGCCCUCUCAGCACCCUCUCACUGGGCAGCACUCCUCACAGGUGCAGAGAGGUUUGGGGUACCACCCUGCAGGUCAAAGGUCAGCUUCCUGUCCCACACCAUCCACUGCCCAUCCUCCACAGAUGAUCCCAUCUCCCCAUUCUGGUCCCUCCUCUCCUCAGCUCCACUCUUUGCCCUACCAGUCUCCCACUUCAUCCUCCCCCACCUCAGGGGGCAGCCCGCUGGGCGUCCUGCCACAGCAGCAGCAUUCAGGACAGCCCUCUCCUCAGGCAACAAGUCCAGUCUUGACCAGUUUAUCUCCUUCAGCAGUGGGGCCUCUGGUUCACCCACUCAGUCCUCAGGGGCAAUUUCCCUCAGAUGGGGAGAGGCUAAAUAUUAAGCAGGAACCAGAGGACAGGGAGCCCACGUUCCGCUCCAUCGGCAUCCAGGACAUCACGCUGGAUGAUGUAAAUGAGAUCAUCGGUAGAGACAUGUCCCAGUCCCCCAGCACUCACGUUCCUCCAUCAGUUCACAACCAGUCAUAGCUCAGCUCUUUCUAAAGCUCCAACGCCCCCAGCUCCUAAACCUCCAAUCUCCACAGCUACGACUCUGAACCGGCACCCGGUUCUGGUUUCAGGUCCUUGUGGGAGGAGAGUGGAGGAGCUUCGACUGAGCGACGAUUCCUUUCUGUGAUGCUGUAGCUCUGACUCCGAGGUAGAGGUGACUUUAGGCAGGCCAGUGGAGCCAGAGCCCAGGCUCACAGCCAAUCAGCUCCCUCCUCUGCGAGCCCAAAUUUCUUCUUGCUAACAGGUUUUCAGCGAAUAUGAUUUUCACCAGCAUUGACCUCCAGGAGCAGAAGUGAAGCUCUGAGCUGUUUCCCUCUUGAGCUUAAAGACUAAAACAUCACCAUAAAGGAGGAAAAAUGUAUCUUGUUGUGUCAAAUUUAAACAAACGUCCCUGAUCCAGCAGAUUUUUUAAUAAAAAUGGAAAGUUUUCUCCCGACUAAUCCCAAGUUCUACAAAAUGCAACAUUCCACACCUUUUAGGAACCUUGCAGCUGUUUAUUUAUCUUUAAAACCCCCUUUGUGUUUGUGUGUUUUACGCCCCUCUCUCGUGCUUUUUGAGCUGAACAAAUGCCUUAUUGAUGCCGAGCAGCUUUCAGUGGUAGCUAAAGCUUUUGUUGUAGUUUUGCACAGCACGCUUUAGGUUUGAUGAUUGUAAAACUAGGACACAUAAUUAGAGAUUUGACAUUUUAUAUAUAUAUAUAUAUAUAUGUAUACAUAUAUAAAAAGAAAAAAAUCCCUUAUUUCUAUGUUACAAUAGUGUUUUCAUUGAUCUACAGAAGCUCUAUUCCCUUUCUCAUCCUUUAAUCUCUGAGGCCUUGCUGUGCCUUCAGCUUCCUAACUGCCACCGUACUCCACGACCAUGACCGCCUGUGCAGCAUUUGACAGGAAACAACCUGAGAAACGUCAUGACAGUAUUUUCUACGUAGAGACGUCUAUAUGUCACGUUUCUGUGUCUGUAAAGAACAAGGUAAACUCCUGAAGUCUGGCUGGAUUUGGGACUACUUGCUCACAACAAUCAAUGUUCGCUGGUCUCGAAAGACUUCUACGCAUCGUGACAUUUUAGCUGUCCUACUCUUGCAAAUUUCCUGUGCCUGUAUGGCAGCAAUAAACUGAAUCCCAGGACGGAGAUGAUGCUGGUUUUACGAUUCCCACUGGUGUUUUUGCCUUAAGAUGGACGACGAUGCUGGACAGUGAUGGUUUGGAGUCAGUUUUCAGGUAAAAUGAUUCUGCUAUGCAUUGAUAUUCUGCUUAAUGCCUUUUAAAAUAAUGGGGGGGGGGGAAGAAACUUACCACGAUGCCUAUAGAAGUAGACUGUAGACUUGUUGAUGCUUGAUUCUGUUGCUUCCUGAAUGGAGGAAACUUAGCAUCUAAAUCCAUUGUUUGUGUGUGUCUUGAGUGUGUGUGGACGGUAGGUGUUUGAACCAAAUAUCCUGUACAGAAGAGACGAGUCCUGUUUUCAGUGACAGAAGCACAUUUAGGCUAUGCAAACUAACGACAGCAAAUGUGAGAUAUGUUAAAUAUGAGAAACUUGUAAUUUUUCCAUUUUAAAUGAGAAAAGGAGACAAAAAAACGUUUGUAUGAGAAUAUCAUGUGAACUAUUAGGAUGCCUUAACUCUUGUCUAAGAACCAUUUAGUCUGAACGCUGUUGCUUUCUCGCCCGUUAAGAUGUAGGUUAGGAACUAAAAUAAAAAUGUCUGUUUUGGGGCACAUCAUGGGCAUAAACUGAGAAAUGGGUCUUUGUAUUACAGUUGAGAUUUGCAGCUUGGGGAAUUCGUGUCUGCAACAGAAACAUGAAACAAAACCAGCAUAGAUGGUAAAAGUCUGGCUGCUGCAUCUUCUGUCACAACCAAAGAGAACAAGGUGUUCCCCUUUUAGAUAGAAAAGCUGCAACGGCAGUAAAACUAUUUUUGAUACUUGGAAAAGGAUGUCAUUCCUAAGAGGUUCAAAAAAUAUGACUGGGUGUCUGACUUGUGUGUGUAUAUGUAUAUAUAUAUAUAUAUGUAUAUAUACGUA